CUCUCUCUCCAUCCUUCGCCGUCGGACGGAAUGCAGGGAGAGAGCGCGGGCGGGGCGGCGUCGCCGGCGGAGUUGACCGCGUCGAAGCGGGGCGGCGGCUCCUCCUCGCCGCCCUACGUCGCUUCGUCGUCGGAGGGCUCCUCGGCCCCGGACGAGCUGGCCCUCGGCCUGACCCUCGGGGUCGGCGACUCCCGCCCCCUCAAGCCCCCGCGCGCCGGCCCCGUCAUCCUGACCGCCAAGGACUUGCCUUCUUUCGUCCCCGCUUCCUCCUCCUCCUCCUCCGCCUCGCCGCCGCCGCCGCCGCCGGCGUCGUCGUCGUCUUCUUGUUCGUCCACGCUCAGCCGAGCCGAGGGCGGCGGCGCGGGGACCAAGAGGGGUGCCGAUUCCGUGGCUGCCCCCACUGCUUCCAGUCAGGUAGUGGGAUGGCCUCCCAUAAAAACUCACAGAAUAAACAUCUUGGUUAACACUGCAAAAUCUACUUCAACUGGAGAGUUUGACCCCAUAAUUGAGAAAAAUGAUAGCAAGCUUGCUGCAUUAGAGAAGAUCAAUAAUGCCAGGAACGACAAAAACGGUAACUCCAUGAAGGUUUCGUGCCCCAAAACUUCUCUCUUUGUAAAGGUCAAUAUGGAUGGGGAUGCAAUUGGAAGGAAGGUAGAUCUAAAUGCACAUCAAUGCUAUGAGAGCUUAGCAGAGACAUUGGAGGAUAUGUUUGAUUAUCCCACUACAAAAGUCAACGCAACACGAUCAAAUAGGUUGAUGCAUCACGGAUCAGUAGGAGCAACAAGAGCCUCAAAAUUGCUGGAUGGUUCAUCUGGAUACGUUCUUACUUAUGAGGACAAAGACGGAGAUUGGAUGCUUAUUGGAGAUCUUCCUUGGAGGAUGUUCCUGAAUUCUGUGAAGAGGCUUCGAAUUAUGAAGACUUCUGAGGCUAAUGGACUUGGUACUGAAUUAUACAGUCAAUUUUCCGAGACUUGAUCAUGUACAUGGUUUUGUAUGAUCAUGAUAUUUAAAACAUUGUUGAGGAUGAGUGCUGACCUAAAGCUGGGUAGCUCUGAAGCUAUCCAGGUCCCUGUAGAGCAUGGUUGCGAACUUUUGAGUGAACGUGUGAAUAGCUUGCCCAUAUCCAUACAGUUGAAUUAAUGAAAGACUGGACAAAUGGAGCAUUUUGAAAAUCAUGGUUGCUCCUCUUGGUGUCCCUUUUCUGUAUUUGUUGAUGUGACACUGCCUUUUCCCAACUUUUGUCACUGUUGUUGUCCGUCGUACGGUUAAAUCAAAACCAUGGAAUGUCCUAUAUAUGUUGUAUAUACAUAUACUUCCCGUAA